AUGGCCGACCCAACCACUCUGCAGGGCCUGCAAUUCCCUAGCACCCUCGUCGGCAAGAAGAUCCUCCUCGCAACGGAAUCAUGGGGCCCAGUGAACGGCGUCAGUCGCACCACCCGCAGUCUGGUAGAGUAUCUGCGCGACAACGGCGCAGAUCUCAUCCUCGUCGCGCCGUCUUUCAAGGGAAAUUCUAAACAGGCUUCUUGGGAACUUCGUCUUCCCGGCUGCGCCCUCCCUUACAAUCCAGACCUGACGGUCGUCUAUCCAUUCCACCUGGACGAUGUCUUCAAUAACUCUUUUCGGCCUGACUUGAUUUACCUCGCCAGCCCGGCUUCUCUGGGUUUUCAGAUGCUUCUCCAGAUCCGCCAAUUGCGCUCCCCGCCCCCCAUCUUACUCAAUUUCCAAACUGAUCUGUCAGCCUACGCGGAAAUCAUGCUCCCCGCUCCGCUGGACCAUUUUGGCGUCUGGCUUCUUGCAUCGGUGCAGGGAUUCCUCUUCAGAACAAAUGCAGUACAUACCAUUUUCUACCCGUGCUCUGCUAUCCGGCGGUAUCUGGAGCACGCCCGUGCGCCAGUUGAUAGGCUCGUUCAACUUGGUCGCGGCGUUGACACUGGUCUGUUUUCGCCGACUUUGCGCGACGGCAGUUUCAGACGCCAGAUCGCGCCCAAUGGCGAGGUCGUUCUUAUUUGUGUUUGUCGGAUCGCUCCUGAGAAGGGAUUCGAGUUUCUCGCGCAGGUCGCGCAGAGACUUGCCGCCGAGAAGGUGCUGUUUAAGCUGUUGAUUGUUGGCGGGAACCGCAAUCCGGCGGUUGAGAAUAAGGUCCAGCGGUUGUUUGACGAUGUCAGAGACCAUGUCGUCUUCACUGGUUUUCUGGCCGGCACUGCUUUGUCAAGAGCGUAUGCUUCCGCCGAUCUGUUUCUUCACUGCUCUAUCACCGAGACCUUUGGACUGGUCGUUCUUGAGGCUAUGGCGAGUGGUGUCCCGGUCAUUGCCAGGGAUCAGGGCGGGCCUUCGGAUAUCAUCCGUCAUGGCCAGACGGGGUAUUUGGUGCCGCCUCGCGAUCUGGAGUCCUUCGUUCAUCUCGUAAGAGAUGUUGCUGGUGAUUCAAGACGGCGGACAUCGCUUGCUGUCGCAGCGCGGCAGUAUGCGAACGAUACUACUUGGGAGAAGAUUAACUGUCGAGCGGCUUGGCACAUGGUGGAAGCGUUAUCGCAUACCGACCAGGAGUCACAGGUUCCUCGGGAAGUGGUCCGUCCGGGAGUGAUUGCGUCGUUCUUUGAGCAGCUGCGUCUGAUCCUUGCAGUUGGACUGGUUUAUUUCAUGUGGUUAAUAUCUGUUGUUCCGUUGCUUGUUCAUGGGAAUCGGUUUCUUCCUCGCGCUUGGCAGGCCGUGCAAGGUCAAUUCCAGGACACUCGACCAUUGCGCAGUUGA